GCAGAGAAAGAGAUAAAAAAAAGGGGGGAUUAAGCGAGUGAACCUUCAUGAAGAUACUGAGCAGAUUCAGAUUCACUGGCCCAGGUAGUAACUUUCCAACCCCGAGCGAUUUACCUCUUCCACCAUAUUCUCAUCUCAGAUCUCCACACCCACCUUUGCUCAACAUCCAACAACAACGAGUACAGCGAUGGAGCCACGCCGAAACAACCUCCCCACGGGAGGCAUUCCGAAUCAGUUCUCUGAUAUGCCGCAGUAUCCUAGUCUCCAGCGUCAACAAAGCACUGACUCGACCGACUCCGCUGAUAGCUUUCGCACCCAGAUCCCUUUGCCUUAUUACCUUCCCAACGAAGCCCAGGCACCGGAGUACAACUUCAUCCCUCAGAUCUCAAGCCCUUGGGCCACGCCUGACCUUUCUCAAACCGCGACCAUGCCGAGCUUCGUGGGAGCGGGCAAGACCUUGAACCCCACCUCCUCGCCCUAUGUGCCUACUGGCUUCUCACCCAUCACGCCUGUCACACAGAGCUUCCAAGGUCCCCCGAUGUAUGCUAAUCCUUACAUCCGGAACAAUUCGAUCUCUUCUUCUUCAACCUCGCAGCAGUCCUUACAGCAAGGUAACCAGAUGGGUGAUAUGCCGCCUUAUCAGACUGCCAAUCAAUACACCCAGCAAUCAGGUCUGCUCGGAGGCCCAGUUGGCGGCAUGCAACCUCACUUUCAACAGCAGCAGCCGUUUGGAGUCACGUCUAAUCCUUAUGGUCAGUAUGGAACUGCUGGGGGAGGUCAGACAGCUUAUAACUCCCAACCCAACAUGUACGCUGCAAGCUCAAAUGGUUUGCCUUCUCCAACCUACCCGCCUCCGAUCACAGGUCAGAACUUCCAGAGCAUGGCACAGCCUGGAAUUGGUGCUGGCGCGACUGGUCAGCCAUGGGGAUCCGCUUUCUCUGGGCCAAGUGUGCACAAUCCACAGGUUAUGAACUCGACCGCUACCUCAUACGGCGUCCAGAAUCAGGGAGGUAGUUAUGGCAUUGGUCCAAAUACCUCUUACAGUGGCCUGCAUCAGGGAACCUUGCAAUUCGUCCGCAGGGAGAGACUCUCGUCUUCGCAGCAGAACAUGCAGCCCUCUAAGCUAGGAACCGCACCAGUUUUAAGUUAUGAGAGCCAAAACAAUCCCCAGAAGUUCGAGUUCGGAGGUCCAGUCCACCCACCAUCGAUGAAGACACCUCAACCUACAAGCACUCCCAGCUCCGUCCAGAGCGCUGGAAAUACGAGCGUCCGUUCAGUCUCCGGUGAUCGUCAGUCUUUGAUGAGUGAAGAACCCAACAUUAACCUCAGCUUGCCUCCGACGCCAGGCCCGAGACCCCAUCAGCUGGAUGUUGAGUUCAGCUCUGAGCCACGCAAUACCGAGACUCCUCACCUUCGAUCUCGACGCGGACAGAGCAUUACAGCCACGGAUCCUUCUCACAAGACCGUCUCGAACUGGCUCGAUAACACUCCCACUGCUGCUAACUCCACUUUGAGAGACAUUCCCGACCCUAAACGCCGAGCUUCACCACCCAAGAUGUUGAGUUUGCUUGCUGCUGCUAGGCCCGAGGCUAGGACCUUGAGGGCAAUCAACGAAAAUGAUCCCUUUACCUAUGGUUCAUCAGGCGCGGCCAAUCCGUUCGCACCGAUGCAAGCCAUCGUUCCCUAUGACAAUUCUCUGCUUGGGCCGGCCGGACGAAACAACAUGGGAGCCAGUCCACUGCUUCGAAACCUGACUGGAAAUGGUACCCGUAAGCCGACUAUCGCGGAGGUUCUUGAUUACAGAAACUUGCCAUUCGCCGAAUAUUGCAGAUUGGCUAAGGAAGACACUUGGGGUGUUGUCAAGAUCAAGAAUAUCCCAUACUCGGUCAAUCGCCCAGAGGUCCUCGCAUUUCUUGGUCGCAACGCAAAAAUUGUUGCAGAGCAGGACAAUGAGCCUAUCCACAUUAUCAUGGAGCGUGUUACAAGCAAGACUUUAGAUUGCUAUAUCGAGUUCGUCAGUCUGAACGAGGCUGUCGCUGCAGUAAAUCGCUUCGAAACCAACCGAACUGGUGGGCGUGGUGGUCGUCUGGGUCAGCGUCAUGUUGAGGUGGAGCUUUCCAGCCAGGAACAGCUCAUGAAAGAUUUGUUCCCUAAGGCGAAGAAUGUCAAGUGGCAUGGCUCCAAGCCUGAGAUUAUUCCCAGAGACCCCAAAGACAAGUUUAAUUCUGGAUUCCAGGGAUUCGUCAGUCGUGAGGAGCUGGUCAUGUUGGUGAAGCACGUUGAGUCGCCACAGCGAUCUCCGUUCUCGAAGGAGUGCCCUCAGCGCCCAUUCGAGUGCCUCAUCAGUACUUUGCUCAAGUACCCAUGGUAUAUGGUCGAUUACAUUACCAUCGAAGACCGCAGCCUGUUGCACAAGGCUACCAUUGACUUGUUGACCCUUCUAGUGGAGCGUGUCAACAAUGACAAGGAGAACCUCAGUCUCACUCCGAUGCUUCUGAAGCGUGUUUGGAAAGCUGCCUUGAAGUGUCCUGGCUUCACGCCUGCAAUGAAAGACGAUGUCGUCUUCAUCUGUCAGAUUGAUGACCAAACAGCCAUUGAGUAUGGAGUUCCGCCAUACGCAGCCUAUUGGAAGUAUAUCUGGACAAUUGGCCCUAAACCUGGUGCUCCCAUUGAUGUGCUAUUGUGGUACAUUGCGAUCAUUCGCGAAACCACGGAAUCCAAGCAGCAAUUGUCGCUCGCGGAGCAAGCUGCACGGGGUGAACAGAAAAAGGAAUUGAAGCUGUUCGGCGAUCUCGACUUGCACUUUAACUUCCCCAAAAACAUCGCACAGAUGAAAUUGGCUGAGGUCGCAAGAAUUGAGUGGUCGGCGAUCGAAAAGCUUUUGAGGCAGGCUCUGGGCCCAAAGGCUUUGCCGUCGAGCGAGCAAUCGUACUGA